UGUAUUACUUACUUUUUCAGUAUAAGUACCAAAUUAAUAUUGAUGGCACAGUGGCUGCAUACAGAUUGCCUUACCUACUAGCAGGAAACAGUGUGGUGCUAAAACAAGACUCCAUCUACUAUGAACAUUUUUAUAACGAGCUGCAGCCAUGGAAACACUACAUUCCAUUCAAAAGUGACCUGAGUGAUCUACUGGAGAAACUACAGUGGGCAAAAGAUCAUGAUGAGGAGGUAAAGAAUAUUGCAGAAUCUGGACAAGAAUUUGCAAGAAAUAAUCUCAUGGGAGAUCACAUAUUCUGCUAUUAUUUCAAACUUUUCCAGGCAUAUGCUAUUUUACAAGUGAGUGAGCCAAAAAUCAGAGAUGGCAUGGAGAAGGUGCAGCAGCCUGAUGAUGACCUCUUUCCAUGUUCUUGUCACAGAAGGAAGGCCAAAGAUGAGCUCUAACACGAAGAAAUAAUAUUAUUUGUGGAACAUUUAUUUACCCUCAGAAUUCCUUCUUUAAAAAAAAAAAAA